AUGGAUGCAGAUUGCACCAGAGCAGAAACCGAAACGUUGCCGAUGAGUGUACAUGUACCUGGUGAUGCCAUUCCAGCUCCUGGCAGUAUCGAAGAGCCUCCCAUCAAUAAACUCAACAGUGACGUCUUCGAAGUGCUGCUGCAACACCUCUGCCCCAUCGAAAUGAUCUGCCUUGCACUCACUUCCAAGGCAUACGAUAGGCGCAUCAAGAGCAGCAAGCGAGUCGCGCGUCUCUCGCAGCUUCAUGAUGCAGAGGGCCCGGGGACGACCAUUCUCCAACACCUGGAAUCUUCGCUCCCACCAGACAUGGUUUACUGCAAGUUGCGCCAGAGUAUUGUUCCAAUUGGGUCCUUGCCAGAGACACACACUCAUCCAUACACGGCUUUCUGUAAAUGCAUCAUCACCUUGAAAUGGCGACGACUGGCAGCAUGGUCCACCAACCAAACACUCUAUAUGCAGAUAUCUGAUGUUCAGAGCCGGCUGUUCAAGGCUCGACAAAAUCGAGCGUUUGAGGAUGGACUUGCUGCAUACGAUCAACGGCAGCUUAAGCCCCACUACACCAGUCCUAUGAGCGAGUACGAAAUUGCCAUAGAGCGCGCUCGGAUCGAGCUGGAUCUGGUUUGCGAAGUCGAGGAGAGACAUCCUCGUCCUACACCGUGGGAUCUGCGACGAGCAGUAAUCAACCGAAGGCAUGAACUUAUAGCGCGAAUGCUUGAUCUGAGGGAUGCACGAACUGUCAUCGAAUACCGGAUGUCUGGACCGCAGGGUUGA